UUUUGAGGUUAUAAUAGUCGUUUAAAAAGUUUUAACGGUUUAUUUUAUAAUUCCAGUUUAUUUAAUUUACUUGUGUAUUUCUUUUUUCGGUUUGAAAUUAAGGCGAUGGAUAAAAAACUAUUUAAAAAGGCGGCGGUUGUAAUUGAACGUCUACCAGAAGAAUUAAAAGAUAAAAAUAACAAACAAACAAAGCCGUUAGAAGAGAAGGAAACAAGUAACUCAGAGAAAGAGAAUGGCCCUCAGUUAGUAGUAAAUAUACCUAAUCUCACUCCUAAAGAUGUGAAAAAGAUGAAGGUUAUUUCGAAAAUGAAACUGGAAACGCUCAAAAAUAAGUUUACCAACUACGAACCUCAUACGCCAAAAGCUAGUAUAGAACUGAGUUUAGAGCUGAAAAAAGUGAUAAACGAAAGGAAUAUGUUAACUUCGAAAACCAGAAAGCGAGUUUUCGAGGCCCUGGACGAGAUGAAGUCUAGAAGUGAAGAAGAAACCAGAUCGUUUAAAAGGGAAAAGGCUUUAUUAGAAAUAGUAAACAGUGAAAUAAAAUAUGUCAAACAAUUAGAAACUAUCAUAAAUUUCUUUAUGGUACCUGCAGAAGAACGGAAGCUUCUGAAACCUGAUGAUUUUGAGGUUCUUUUUGGAAACAUAAAAACUAUUUAUAAUAUAAAUAAAGAACUACUUGACGAAUUAGAUAAAGGGUUCUAUAAUGUGGCAAAUGCAUUUUUUAAGAUUGCCCCAUUUUUGAAGCUAUAUUCUGUUUAUGCAUAUGAAUUUAGGAAUAUUAUAAGAAUACUACAAAAUGCUAGAGCUGCUAAUCCCCUAUUUGCCAAGUUCGUGCAGAAUCAAGAAUCGAGACCUGAAGUACAAAAUAAACUAUCAGCUUUACUAAUUACACCAAUUCAGAGGGUUCCUCGAUAUAAGUUACUUUUAACACACUUAUAUGAACUGACAUCACCUCAAGAACAAGAUUAUGAACCUCUAAGGGAAUGUCUUUCAAAAAUUGAAGAUGCUGCAUUGCACAUAAAUAAAGUUGUUGAAGAACAGGAAAAUACUCAGAGAUUGUUGGAAUUACAGAGAUGUUUAAGAAGUGGCGAACCAAACAUUAUAAUGCCUGGUAGAAAACUUAAAAAAGAAGGUAUUCUAAAUAAAAUGUCUACACGAAAUUCGCCAAGCGAAAAGUUAUAUGUCGUACUUAUGAACGAUAUAAUAAUGUUCAAUAAAAUGAAGAAACCUGCCCCUGAAAUAAAUUCUUUAAAAGUUUCAUUCAUAUUUCCUUUGAAUAAAUCAAAAGUUAUUGAAAUUUUAGACAAAGGUUGUUUAAAAAUAGUCUGUCAAGAUGAGGAUCUGAUCUUGUAUCAUGAUCAGUUAUGCGAGACACUAAAAUGGGUGGAAAGUAUUAAUUCUGCUAUAGAUAAUUAUCUAGAAGAUAGGAAAACUUUAAGGAAAGAAAGUUCAAACAGGAGACCUGUUAAAAGGAAAGACGUCAAUGAAUACAACGAAAUAGGUUUAAGUCCUGGACGUCCACUGAAAAAAAGAAAAUUUAUGGACCCCAGAAAUUCGACUUCCGAAAUUCUAAGAUUCAGUAGCGGAAUAUUGGCCAGAAAAUCUAUCCAUUCUGCUUGUAAUUCUACACCGAUAAAGCUGGAAAGCAACCCUGAAACCAGAGAUCUAACGUCAACAGGGUUUCCAUUGUUGGAAACAAGUAAUUUUUCAAAUGGAAGCAAUUUAAAAAUUGAACAAGAUACUGGAACUAAUGGUAUCAAACCUACUCUGGAGGAUAAACUUGCCCUAGAAAAUCGUACCGAUGUGUUCAUUUUUGGAAGAAAACACAACGAUCACAAUACGACAAAGUUUGGAAGUUUUGUUAGCGGUAUACGCUCCACUUUCAAAGGACUUUUCAGUUUUGGAUCGAACAAGUAGAUUUUUUGUAAGUCAGUGUUUUCGUUGAUUUAUUUGUAAUAAUUUUAGUUUUGACGCAUAUUUUUUCUAUACAUGUAGAAAUAAGUUAAUUAGUAUAUUAGAUUUUUUUAAACAGCAUUGUAGGUUUUUAUUAAGUUAUGUAAAGAUUAACUUUUUCUAAUUUGUCCUAUAAAAAUACAGCACCUAAUAU